CCGUGUGUAUGCGUGCUCUGCCAGUGCUCUGGAACGACGCGUUGGGCGCCUAAGCCCUGCGCGUGCUGGGGGAGCGGGGCGCUCCCGGGCGCCUGCUUGCAAACGUCAGGCGCUCGCUGGGGCAGCUCCGGGAGCGGGUCCUUCUUGCCCGGGCGGCGGCGGCGGCGGCUCCUCGGUUCAUGUUUUUAUCCCGUUUUUUGGUAAAGAUGGCAGCCAACAAUGCAGUGCUGAACAGACUGGAGCAGAAGGGUGCAGAGGCUGAUCAAGUUAUUGAGUACCUCAAGCAGCAACUUGCCCUGCUCAAGGAAAAAGCCAUCUUGCAAGCAUCUCUUCGAGAAGAGAAGAAGCUCCGUGUAGAAAAUGCUAAACUGAAGAAAGAAAUUGAAGGGCUGAAACAGGAGCUGAUUCAGGCUGAAAUUCGAAAUGGAGUAAAGCAGGUUGCAGUUCCUACUGGUACAACCCUUUCUACAGCUUCGUUUUCAGAGAAUGUUCCACAACCUACAGCAGUUACAGCAUCUUCUGGUUCCAAAGAUCAAAUUAAAGGUGAAGAUGAAGAAAAGAAAAAGAAAGAAAAAGUAGAAAAAAAAGGUGAAAAGAAGGAGAAGAAACAGCAGCCAGCUGCUGGAAGUAGCGAUGCGAAACCUGUAGAUGUUUCUCGUCUGGAUCUUCGUGUUGGCUGCAUUAUUACUGCUGAAAAGCAUCCAGAUGCAGACACUCUGUAUGUUGAACAAGUGGAUGUUGGUGAAGCAAGCCCAAGGACUGUUGUCAGCGGUUUAGUGAAACAUGUUCCUCUGGAUAAGAUGCAGAAUCGGAUGGCAGUGCUACUCUGUAACUUGAAGCCUGCAAAGAUGAGAGGAGUAGUAUCUCAAGCAAUGGUGAUGUGUGCCAGCUCCCCAGAAAAAGUGGAAAUUCUGGCUCCUCCAUCUGGAGCGGUACCUGGGGACAGAAUCACUUUUGAAGGUUUUCCUGGAGAUCCUGAGAAGGAACUUAAUCCAAAGAAGAAGAUUUGGGAGCAAAUCCAACCUGAUCUUCAUACCAAUGACCAGUGUGUUGCUACAUACAAAGGAGUUCCAUUUGAAGUGAGAGGGAAAGGAGUAUGCCGGGCAGAGACCAUGGCAAACAGCGGAAUCAAAUAAAUAAAUAAAUGGUUAUUAGAAACUUGUACAGAUGUUGAAAUAGAAAGUGAUGCAAGCAGAAUAAAAAACAUUAAAUGUAUGGCUAAGACCUGGGUUUUUUUUGAUUUCUUUUCCAUAAUAUGUUACAUCUCCAACAUUUUGACAAUUCACUCGUUCACUUGGCUUGCUGUCCUUGAGGUUGUGUGCUGUCAGCAGUUAUUAACCACUCAGUGCUCGUAACUUAAUUGCCAAGGCUUGUUUGUGGUGGGACCACAGGCAGGCAAGUAAAUUUUCUGGACAGCUUGAAGGUGUAGAACUUCUAUUUAGCAAGAGCUAAAGGAAAUAAGGAAAAUAUUCUGCCGUGUUCCUUGUGUGCUAAUUGCAGGACUAGCAGCUGGUUAGUAAAGAUCACAAUUGUCUUUAUUCUUCUAGUCACUUUGUACUAGUUUCUCUCCUCUUCUUCCAAGCAGUUUUCAGGUGUAUUGUAAGCCUCUGCUACUUUGUUCUUGCCUGUGUUCUUUCUGUGGUCUGCAGUCAGUUGUAACUGGAAGAUUAAACUAUGGUAGUUUAUGCCCUAGGAUGUUCAAGUGGACACAUUUUCAUGUCCCCAGAACUAAACUGUUAUAAUUUCAUUAAGAUCAAAGCUGCCACUUUGCUAGAAUAGUUCUUUUUCUAGUCCACCUAGGUAUAUCCUUCCAAACCAGUCGGUAGGACUAAGAAAUAAUUAAUAACAGAUUCCUGGAGCUAAUAAAAAAUAAAAAAAACCCUCAAACCCCAUAAGACCAGCCUGCAAAAAAACCCAAAAAGCAACCAAACCAAAAAAAAAUCUGUUUCCAGUGCUCAAACAGGUAUAAAAUGAAUUGAUUUUUUGGUUUGGUUUUAAUGUGCUUUUAUGCAAUGAUGUUUUGUACAAAAAGUGCUUUGGUUUUAACAGAAAUAGCUUCUUCAAUUUUUAGAGUUAGAAUUAUUUCAUAGUAAUGUUGUACAAGUAGUCCUGUUGCUAGGCUAUUAGCCUCAAAAUCAUUCUUUUAAUUCCUUACUUUCAGUAAUAUGAAAAUAAAUAUUUUGGAUCCAUUUUCAAUAACUUUUAAGUAGCUAUAUAGAGAUAAUUCAGAUAUUUUUGCAUAUAAUAUUAAAUUGUUGCUGUACAACCAUUGAAACAGUAAAUACUAUUUUAAAUACUAAAAUUAAAAACAAACUUGAGCCUUUCUAAAUUUUGCAGGCUUUGAACUUCAUCCAGUAAGUGGAGAGAAAACAAAAUGACAGUGAUAUAAAAUUAAAAGGAACAUGCAUAAAGAGGAUAUGAACAGAUUUUCUUUUUGAAUGAGUUUUGUUUGUGCCUGUAAACUUUUAGUUUUUCAUGCAUCUGGCAAUAAGUAAUAGUAAUUAGUUCUUUUAAAUGUGCUGAAUAGUAUUAAGCACAUGGAAGCCAUUUUAUCUGCCUUGUAAACUGUAUAUGCUAUAAUGUCUUAUUAAAUAAAAUCAUUGUAGUUCAAGAA